AUGACCUCGGAACGGAAUGGGGAGCCGAUAAGCGAUCCGCCGCGCCAGCUGGUCGCCGUCAAAUCGGUGACGCGUGCCAAGCUCUCGCCAAAGCUCUUGGAGAACUUGGAGGGCGAGAUUUCGAUUUUGACUUCGAUGCGGCACACCAACAUCGUCGACCUGCGCGACUGCCUGUACACGGACGACUACAUUCACAUGAUCAUGGAGUACUGCCCCGGCGGCGAUCUCUCGCAGUACAUCCGCAAGCGCGGCGAUGUCGCGCCAUGGAGUGGAGAUGCACUGAGCAACCCGCUCGCGGCAGCGCAGCGCCGCCUCUUUCCGCAUCCCGAAGAUGGGGGGCUGAACGACGCCAUGGUGCGCUCGUUCCUCACGCAGCUCGCCUCCGCGCUGCGGUUCCUGCGCAGCCGCGAUAUCGUGCACCGCGAUAUCAAGCCGCAGAAUCUCUUGCUGCGCAUCCCGGACGACGAGUGCCUCGAAAGCGGACACCCGCGCGAAAUUCCCCAGAUCAAGGUCGCCGACUUUGGGUUCGCACGCUCGCUCCCGGCCGCCUCGCUCGCCAAGACGCUCUGUGGAUCGCCGCUGUACAUGGCGCCCGAGAUUCUCCGCUACGAAAAGUACGACGCCAAGGCGGAUCUGUGGUCCGUCGGAGCGGUGCUCUACGAAAUGUCCGUCGGCAAGCCACCGUUCCGCGCCACGAACCACGUGGAACUCCUGCGCCGGAUCGAACAGAGCAACGACCGGAUCAAGUUUCCGGACGAGCGCUCGCAGCAGUCGCUGCAGCGCGAUGCGACUCGCCGGCGCCUCAACGGCGAGCCGCCGCGGCUGCCGCCGCACGAAGUCGCGCCGGAUAUCAAGGCUUUGAUUCGCAAACUGCUCAAGCGGCAUCCCGUCGAGCGCGUGAGCUUUGACGAGUUCUUCCACGACGACAUCAUCGUGUCUGUGCCGUAUGUCGGACGGGCCAUUAUCAAGGACGACUUGGCGGCGUCGAUGCUCAGCGACCACACCUACACAUCUUCGCACGACCCCCCGGCGCCGGCCGAGCAAGCGUCCAAAGAGGACCGGCCCUCGCUCGUGCACCCCCGCGAGGAGGGGCACGAGGGCGAUAUGGAAAUGCGCGACACGUCGCCAUCCUAUCCCCCUUCUGCACCAGCACAGCACGACUCGCCGCCGGCUAACGAAGCGCGCGACUAUGUGCUAGUUGAUAAGAAGGACGCCGAGACGAACGGGGCCCUGGCAAACCGGUUGAUGGACAUGCCGCUCCACGACCGCAGCCGGACCACCAACACCGCGUUCGGGUUCGAGCCGGGGGCCGAGGCGAAGCCCACACCGCCGCUCCCUUUGCCGAAACGGGCCGAGGGGCAGGAGCGUGGCGCGCUGCCUCCGAGUGCCUUAUCGCGCGCGAUCAGCUUGGCGGGCAACCACCUCUUUGGAUCGCCGCGCCCUGAACAUGCGGAUCCCGUGCGCUCGGCCUCCUUCCAAGACCCGUCGACCGUGCAACCCUUGUCGGGCAAACCGAUGUCGAUGCCGGCCACCACUACGCAUGCGGCGCCGUUUGCGGAUGCCAGCGACGACGAUCUCGCGGCCAUGCUCAAGGGGUUUGCGCAAAAGUCGUACGUACUGAGCGAGUUUGCCGACGCCAAGAUCUCGGAGUACAACAACGGCUCGCGACUGCCGCAGGGGGGAAUCAGCCCGGUGGGCAGCAGCCCCAACUCCGCCGCGCUACACAUGCAAGAGAACACCGCGGCAGAGGGCCUCGCACUCUACGUUCGCGCGCUGAGUUUUUUGCAGCGCGGCCUGACGGCAAUCAAUGGCUACGCAGAAUCGCUCCAGGACACGGAUCCGACGGCAGAGAUGCGCGAACUCGCCUAUUGGUUCCGUGCGCGUUUCAACGAGUGCUACGAGCGCUCCAUGUACGCCCGGAGCUGCUGCAGCUCGCACACCUUGCCGGACAGCAUCCAGCACGUCGACCGCCAAAUCUUUGACAAGGCACUCGAGCUGGCUCGUGCGGCGGCCCUCGACGAGCUCGAGGGGAACCGCGAUGGUCUACACUGGGACCCGACGAGCUGCAUGCUGGCGUACGAAACCGCAUCAUCGCUCUUGCUAGGGCUGCUUGACCCCAGCGAAGACCGCAUGGGUCUUUCGACCAACUCUGUUUCCACCGUGGAGAAGUUUUUGAAAAGCAUCAACAAACGGCUGGGCGCGCUGCAGCUGGCCUCGGCGGGCGCGACCGCAUGA